AUGCGGGAUGAGUCUGACACGGCGAUUUUCAUUGAAUUUCUCGAACUUUUAUACCAGUUGUGUCUCACCAUCAGCACUGAAAGUUUCGCCGAAGGCCAACCGAGCUCUACCCUGCUUGUGUUCUUCAGUGGAAUCCUUGGUUUCUCCCAAGAUUGCAAGCAGUUUUUACUCGCAAGGCAGUUUUGUCCAUACCUAUCUGGUCUCAUUUACAUUCAACGUCUAUUAUUGAUGGAAUGCGCCUUGCCGUUACGAGAGUAUCACAGUAUUGGGAUUCCAGGACGUCUGCAUGCGGACCAACUCGACCAGUUGAAUUCAAUUCGAGAAAAGUACAUGAUAACAGGCACGCAAUAUCCAUUUGCUGAAAUGGUCAGUCUAAGAGACUUUGGCCGUAAUAUCGCGCAUACCGAACCACCAUCCCUCCUAUUCAGCUGGAGUGACGAUGGAGAAACAAUACGCUAUGGUGACUUCCAAUUGACGAUAGACAAAUUCCGUCAGGUCCCAGAUUAUUUUAUUUCGCAGGCGGAAGAGAUUUGUGACAAGCUAAUGUUUGACCUCAAGCCUGACAUUGACCUAGCAACGAUAAAGGAUGACAUGGCUAAUUCAUCAAGCGGAUAUUCGUUUGUGAAACACCCUGCAAAUAACCUUGAUAAAGCGUACUUGGACCUGCUUUAUUCGGCAUAUGCCUCUCAGGAAAGCAAACUCAGCAAAGACGGCCGCUGGAGAUGGAAAUACAUGGACUCAUACCUGAAGCAAGUUACGAAGCUGGAGGAGAUGCUUGCUGGGGGUCUAUACACAGCAUGUGGUCAAACUCCGCGAGCGCGCGACCUUUUCACCCUGGCAUGCGAAAGUGGCCCUUCUACUAGUUGCAGCAUCUCUAUCUGGAAUGGAUUAAUGGGUUAUGUACUGCGGCAUCACAAAGCUAAGCGACAAAUGGGCCGAGAGUUUUACGUGGUCCGCUUCCUACCAUCACGGCUGGCGCAUGUUAUGUAUAAAUAUCUUGUUUAUAUCCGACGCUUUGCAGCCCUAUUGAGACGAGAGCAACAGACUCAGGCAUAUCCAUACCAUCACGAACGGCUACUGUUCUAUAGUAGCGGAAAGCCAUGCAUCACUGAGAAGCAUGUCCGGGAGGUGCACUCACCGCUCAAUAUAUAUGACGAUACUACCGCAGACGCUGACCUAAAUGCCAUAUUCGCCUGGCAAAGCGGACAUCGUCCCUUACAGCGAGGGAUCACCUAUGGACUCGAUGGGGCGUUUCCAAAUCGGCUCCAGCCAGCGCUUCUUCGCUCUUAUGAGUGGGCAUCGACUCGUUGGCAUGAAUUUAUUCAUCAGCCCAGCAGAUGUUUGAUACAAAGUGAUAAGUCACCGGGAUAUCGCCCUAUGUCGGCUAAAAAAAGGAAAGUGUCAGAUACGGUGGGGGCAUUAAAGAACGCAAGCCGAGCGACUGAUUCGAAUCGAAGAAGUAAAGAGACGAACUGCGGGCCAAGCAAUAUUUCGGCGAAUUCUGAAUACACACCUUAUGACAGUCGGCUCAUGCGUGAUAACCCUCACUUCACAUACGAGGAAGAGUACAGGCUGCUUGGCUGCCGCUUAUGUGCAACAAUGGUCACUCGUCAGCGGAUCAAAGACCAUCUUCAAAGUCGUCCCCACCAUCUGAACAGCAGUGAGAUCAAGAAGGUACAGGAGUGGGCAUCUCAGCUGGAACUCAUCAACGACAACCGAGAGAUCAGUGGGCUACCGUUACUUCCUGAUGAUACGCCAGCAAUUGACGUGUUGGGGCCGCCUAAAACUGGAGGGUUCCGGUGUACAUUCAUAGUGGAGAACGAGGGGGGAACGUCGAUGUGCAGGUUCGUAGGCUCCGAUACAAGGAGAAUACGGGAACACUCAAAGCAUGAACAUGGAUGGGAUCUAGGGCUAAAACCUGGUAAAACGCCAGCGGCAACUAAUAAGGGGCAUGAUGAAAGGCCAUGGAGGGGAGGUAGGAUCCAGGCCCAUCUUCGCGGCAAACCACAUAGGCUUGUGAAGAAGGAGAUUGAUAAAGUUACGCUGUGGGCCAAAACACUUAACCUUAUUGACACCCAAAGCGGAGGGUUUCGAUGCACAUUCACCACAGACUGUCGGGCCGUAAGUGCAAACUCGAGACGAAGAAAUGAACACCUCUGGAAGGUACAUGACGUCGAGCUGGACUCAAAGCCCGGUCCCCGGAGUACAAGCACUGUUGAAGCAGACGUGGGUUCCACCUAUUGGAGGAGUGGUGUGUUCUAUCAACAGCUCUUUGCCAAGGGCCCACGGAGCGAAUACUUUGAGGUCGCAAGAGGUCAUGAUCUGGCGAGCCCAGAGAAUGAACAGGCAAGAACAGAAACUUCCAUUCAAGAGGCCACAGAAAAGGAGGUGGAGGUCAUUGAAGAGAUGGGCGACUUGGCUGCACCGAACUCGUGGCUUCGUCGACUAGGAUCGACGGCCCACUUGAAAGAUUUCAGCGACAAGAAACAAUUCCUGAGAGACCUUAUCUCGUUGAAGUACACCUUGAAGCCAAAUGAUCCUGACGCUGAGGAUGAUUCCGAGCUCCGGCAUAUACACGCGGCCGUCAGACGUCUAAUUCGAAAGGCCGCAAGGGUAGCCAGGCCAGGUGCAGUCUCAUGGAACGUGUUGUUCGAGGUCAACCGGAAAGAACUGCAUAAAGAGCGCAGUACGCCCUUCCACUUCCGCUUCAAACGGCAGACUCGAAAGAAGUACAUCGCCCUCACCGAGGGCCAAACCACCGCUUUUGAUAUGAUGAUGGACUAUGCUGCGGAACUUAUCGAUAUCGAUAACAAGGUUGAUCCUAUGCCGGCAUUGUCGCGGAUCAACGAGUUACACGAACUCCUCGAGAAUGCCGCACUCGCCUUUUACAUCUAUGUUCUCGACCACUUCACCAAGGUGACCGAGUACGAUAACUUAUGCGAACUUUACCCCAAACUCUCGGCCAUUAUGGCCAUCUCUCGGGUAUUUCUCGUCAAGCAUACGGUCGAUAAGAGGGCUUUAUAUGUUCAUCAGAGGAUAGAGCAAGGACAGACCAGGCAAGAAGCUGAAGAGAAGAGCCCGGGACACUUCGAAAUCAUGUCUGAGAUGACACGCCGGUUUCUAGUCGGUGGCGCUGAGGGUUGGGAUACCACACCAACGCAAUUCAUCAUUCGGCUUCGUAAUUACGGCAUGGCGGCUAGCGGUUAUCAGGCAAUGCCAGGUUCGUCUAUGCUGCAGGCUGCUUUACGAAGAGCCGAGACGCUGCUAUAUGGGCAUCUGCUUUUCUGUGAAGAGUAA